CUUCGCUCCUGUCGCCUAACUUGUCACCGUCCGGUGUUUGCUUUCUGUUGCUGUCAAGCAGGGGUGGAUCAUUCAUCGGCUCGAUGUCAACAAUGCCUUUCUCCAUGGUGACUUAGAGGAAGAAGUCUAUAUGCAGAUUCCUCAGGGAUUUGCCAGUCCCGGCGAGAUCAGAGUGUGUCAUCUUCGCAAAUCCAUCUAUGGUCUUAAGCAGGCUUCUUGUAACUGGUAUCUGAAAUUCACCAGUGCCCUACUUGGCUUGCAGUUUACUCAGAGUCGGGCGGAUCACUCCUUGUUCACCUAUCGUCGCGGCUCCACAUUUGUUGCUGCUCUCAUUUAUGUGGAUGACGUUAUUCUCACUGGGAAUGAUAUGACUUUUAUCCAGCGGGUCAAGGAUUUUUUGCAUGACCGCUUCACCAUCUAAGAUUUGGGUCCUUUGAAGUACUUUCUCGGCAUCGAGGUUGCUCGUUCUCCUCGUGGCAUGGUCUUGAAUCAGCGGAAAUAUGUUCUCGACAUUCUCGAGGAGGCUGGCCUUACUGUUAGUCGCCCCAGUCCUACUCCCAUUACUCCCAACCAUCAUCUUGGCCACGACCCGUCUUCUCCAGAUAAGGAUCCGACUUCUUACCGGCCCCUAGUUGGUCGUCUCCUCUACCUCACUGUUACUCGUCUGGAUAUCACAUAUGCGAUUAAUAUGCUCAGUCAGGCUGUUCAGUCUCCUACUCAAGCACACGUUGACACUGUCGUCCGUGUCCUUCGCUAUCUCAAGGCCUCACCUGGUCGUGGUCUUUUCCUCCCGGUUGUUGGUGAUCUCUCUUUAACUGCACAUUGUGAUGCUGAUUGGGCUGGAUGCCCAACCACCAGGCGUUCUACUAUAGGUUACUUUAUUACUCUUGGUUCCUCUCCUGUUUCUUGGCGGACUAAGAAACAGUCUGUUGUUGCUCGCUCUUCCGCAGAUGCUGAAUACCGGGCUAUGGCCAGUACUAUUAGUGAAGUCAUCUGGUUGCGUUGGCUUCCCUGUGACCUGGUUGUUCAGCUCUCUUCUCCCACGCCUCUUUACUGCGACAAUCAAGCUGCUCUCCAUAUUGCUGCCAAUCUGGUCUUCCAUGAGCGUACCAAGCAUGUGGAGAUGGACUACUACUUUGUUCGGGAACGUGUGCAUUCUGGUGAUGUCGUUGCUUGCAAGGUGGCCACGUCCGAGCAACCUGCCGAUCUUUUCACCAAGGGACUCAGUGUUGAUCAGUUUACUCAUUUGCUGGUCAAGCUCGGUCUUCUUGACAUUCAUUCCUUCGCUUGAGAGGGCGUGUUGUAAUCCCUUAUUUAUUCACUUAGCUUAAUUAAGGGAUUACUUUGUAAUUAGAACAAAUAUGAAAGAAAAAUGAUCGGUUUCAUUGAGAAAGAAAAAUGAGUAAUGAGAACAAAUAUAAAAUAAAUAAAUUUUAUGAGGAUAUAAUAGUGAUCUAGCAUCAAAUAUUUUGUCUCGUCUCUCGAAUCUCACCAAUUUAUGUUGGAUUUUCAAAUUUCGUAGAUUCCAUGAAUUUGACUUUUUUUUUUCUUUAUUGCAUCCAGGUAUUUUACUUGACCCAUUUUCAUUCGUACUAAAUUUGAUACCCAAAUCAUUGAUCCAAACAACCCCUAAUUGAAUACAAUAAUUGAUUCUUUUUAAAAGUUAGGUAUGAAAAAGAAAAAGGGGAAGAGUAGAAUUAACAUAACACCAUAGAGAUAACAAUUUCUAUUCCCAGGUAGGAAUCAACAUAGAGCCCACUAUCACUACAGUCAUUUUCAACGACAGCCUAGGCACCCCUCAAUGACCCAAAACAAAGAAAAAAAAUAACUGAAGGGUCAAUUUCCCCAUAUUUGUACUUUGUAGUUUAUAGGUAAGGAAUCAACAUUAAGGGAACAAAAGCACGACUGUGAAAGAAAGUGAGAAAGAAGUCUCUGCUUAAGGAAGAAAAAUUAGUUUCAGCAUGUAAGAACUAAGACGACAGCGAAUAUUAUUAAUAGACUGCUUGCUGGCAACAACACUUCUCCCCUCCUUCGUUUGCUUGACACCCACGAAACGCGUCCAAAACUUAAACCUAUGCUUGGCUUCCCUUCCAAGAAACACACAGGAAUAAAUAGUGAAAGAAUGGAUCAUCUUAUGAUCAAAAAAGAAAGAAUGGAUCAUCUUAUGAUCAAAAAAGAAAGAAUGGAUCAUCUUAAUGGUGAUGGCAUGGCAGUCGAUUCAAGUGUACAUUUUGAUUACCCUUUUGACUUGUCGAGUGAAUGUUGUUCUCAAAAUGUUUGACCUAAGAAUGGACCAUCUUAAUCUUGUAGUUAAUCAAGUAUACAAUAACAAAUCUGAUUUUUCAACAGAAUAGUCGUGAACGACGUUGCUCGUCGUACGAGUGACCAAUACCAUAGAUUUUGAAAGAGGAAAGACAGGCGUACUAAUUUUUAUUUUAUUUUAGAUGAGUGUACAUUGAUAUUAACGAUCUGACUCCGAGUGGGAAAUAAAAGAAAAGUGGGAUUUGAUUCCCAAGAGAUGUCGCGACAAAAUUAAUAAAGCCGAGAAGGGAAGCGACGACACGCCACCUGUUGUUGUUGUUGCAAUAUAACCGAUGCUCAAACUCUGAAACAUAAAAACAAACGCGUCACUGAAUUACGUACGUCCAAAACGUUCUUCAUACCUGUUUUUCUCUUUUCAGUCACAGCCAUCCGAUUUGUACAUCAAUUUAUGAUCCCAAAGUCAAACGGCCAUGCAGUUGGAAUUCUUAAUGAAGAGGAGCGAGAGAAAGGGCGAAAGUAAAUACUAAACUUUUUUUUUUUCUCCAUACACACACAAUAAAUGAAAACCCUUGUUCAAAGAAUCUCCAUCCCUUUCAGUGCCAACCCAACACCAACAAAUCUUUCCCAAUUAAUGAAAAUACAUUGCACUCUAUUGUGUGAUUUGCAUCCCACAAAUACAUUAAGAAACAGCUAAGUUAAAACAUAAAAACACAAAGGAACGUCCCGUGUACCAAAAUUGGCAAUUACUACACUUUGCCUCCCCCAGUCCCCCUUCCCCCCUCAGGCCCAAAAUAUGAAAACCAGUCCAUAACCAGGCUCGUAGAAAUGGAAAACUCAAUCAAAGAAUCUAGCCACCUUUCGCCUUAGGUUCGGUUCAAACCGGUUUGAAUCGAAACAAAAUUAAAAGACUAAGUGAGUCUUAGACACUAAAAAUGACUUUGGUUCGAUAUACAUUUUUUACUAGGUCUCAAGAAAAUUUGUAUAAAUCA